AUGGAUGACACAAAUUGGGGUAAACUGAAACUUCCCGAAUUGAAAUCUAAAUGUAAAGAGUUGGGAUUGUACGUCAGCGGAACGAAGAAAGUAUUAGUUGAACGAAUUCAAAAUUAUUACGCAUCAAACAACAAUUCUGCGAAUGGCGUUAAUAAUUCAAACACUGGCGUUUUACACGUUAUUCCUGAGAGUAAAAGUAGCAUUGACCUAUCAAUACAAAUUUCUCCGGAGGAUGUACCUCAGAACAAUGAGGUGAAAUCGACCCAAGGGAACCAGAAGGAAUUUAAUGAAAAUGAAUCAAACAAGCUGAUGACGUUGAACAUCAAUCCGGUGCCGCGCCUUGAUAGUGCCCUUAAUGGUUGCGUUCACGAAUCAAAGUUGGCGAUUCAUGAUGAUGAUGCGAAAAGGGUAUCCUCGCGACCACGACCUCUUCUCCUACACCCAACACAGGUGAAUGGGAAACUUAUUGACAAAGUUAUCGUCACUAAGAACAACACCGGGAUUUCACCGAAAAAAUCCUUACGGGAUAUCCCUACUAGUAUCGGAAUUCGGUCGAUAAAAUCAAAGCGAAAGAAGUUGAAUCUCAUUGUUCGAAGACCGGAAAUUACGAGCGAGAAGAUGCCAUCUCCUGAAGGAAGAAGGUCAGGGGGAUUGAGUUAUCAUAGUCAAGAACCUUCAGGACCUGUGCUUUUCCCAAUGUCAUCUCAACCACGUAUAACAGAGACACAACAUCGUGAGAUGGUUGCUUUGAGGUUGUGUCUAGAAAGGACGGAUUCUCAAACCGUUUUAAAAGCGGAGAAGGUUUGUAGAUUCUGGCAGUAUGCUGCUCUGCACGCCUGGAGAGAACUUUGCAAACAGGACUUUCCGGGUGGCCUGCUUGAAAACGUGCUCCAACAAAAUCCAAAUCCAUCAACUUCCUUGAAAUUCUAUUAUAAAAGGCGUUUGGAAAUUAAAAAUCAUAACAUCACAUUAAUCUCCCGUAAUUGGAUCGGGCGACUUUAUGAGAACCUCGGUCACACUCCGUUCAACCAACCAUCAUCUCUUGAGAAGUCCAACAUUUACGGAAUUGACAGGAACCUUUACUCAAGUAACGAUCAUCCCUAUCAAUUUUUCGUGACAUUGAGAUUCUGGAUCGCGAGAUUUUACUAUUAUACUCAAUGCGGUGGAUAUGAAGGAUUACUUGAAAACAUGCCAAAUAUUGAACGGGUUGUACCAUACAUCGAUGGAGUUUGGAAAGUAAAACUGGAUAAUAGUGAGGACGAAUUUGUGAUUCUAGGCGACACCGGCGAAGUCAUUGGACACGAGAAUAUUGGGAAUAAUGGUGACCCUCGUCGAGAACAAAAAGAGGAGAAGCAAAAGGACGGUUGGGCUAUUGCUUGUGAGAUUCGGAAUGAGAUUAUAAUAAAUGAAAACGAAAGAAUAAAAGACUCCAUGAGAGCGGAUUGGGCAUCCUACAUUUCCCUUCAACUCCAUGGCCAAGACGUCGCCAACAAUUCUGCCAAUAUUACUGCUGCCAUGGACACAUUACCAUCAAUAAUUGAUAAUUUACCAGCCUCAUUAAUUGGCAAGGUGAUAACCGAGAAUCCCAACUACCCACACUCAAUUCAUAAACAUAUUACUCCCGAAAAUGAUCCGAUAAAAUAUACAUACGCCGCAAGGUAUGUGCUAUCAAAUGUUGAGCCAUUCACCAUCUCAGGAACUCCAGAGACGGUGCCACAUCCGAAAGUAGCCAAAUUAUUGGCAUUUAAACACUCGUUGGCAGAAUGCGUCGAAGAAAUCCGAUUUCGAGAAACAAUAUGGAAGAAAAUCAGAACCACGAUCUUUGGAGAGACUAUGCGCGAGGUGGUUCUAAGUGAGAGUGUCUGUUUUGUGCAGACUACAUCUAGAGGGGUGUUCGUGUUAAAGGAUACCGGACAGGUAAUCGGAACCGAGGAUGACGGCAUUAAUUACAUGUGGCAAAUGAUACUAGGAUGUGGGUUUCAUGGUGAGAGAAUCGAUGAUCCUCGAGAAGAUAUGGUGAAACAAUAUUUCCCGGAAAUUCAGAAGUAG